UCAGGUUAAGGGAAGAGCAAGGUGAUUAUUGCGGAUCUGAAGGGGACUUGGUUUAGGACGUCUGAGAAAGAGGAAGGGUCCAGGAUUUGCCUUCGGGCUUGGAUUGCUGAAUCAAAAUAGAAGGCCCAGCCUACCACGACGAUGACAGUCACUUAUUCCAGCAAAGUAGCAAAUGCCACUUUCUUUGGAUUUCACAGAUUACUCCUAAGGUGGAAAGGCAGCAUCUACAAAUUGCUGUACAGAGAAUUUAUUGUUUUUGCUACUCUUUACACAGCGAUAAGUGUAUUAUACAGAUUUUUUCUUACAGGUCGCCAAAAACGGUUGUUUGAAAAACUGUCAAUUUACUGUGACAAAUAUGCUGAACAAAUCCCAGUAACUUUUGUGCUUGGUUUCUAUGUUACUUUGGUGGUGAAUCGCUGGUGGAACCAGUUUGUGAACUUGCCGUGGCCAGACCGUCUGAUGUUGCUCAUCUCCAGCUGUGUGCAGGGCAGAGAUGAGUACGGGCGCCUGCUGAGGAGGACUCUGAUGCGCUAUGUGAAUUUAACCUCUCUGCUCAUCUUCCGCUCUGUCAGCACAGCUGUCUACAAAAGGUUCCCCACCAUGGACCAUGUGGUAGGAGCAGGUUUUAUGACAAAAUAUGAAAGAAAACUUUUUGAUGACCUUAAGUCUCCUCACCUGAAAUACUGGGUCCCAUUUGUCUGGUUUGGAAAUUUGGCCUCAAAGGCACGAAAAGAGGGAAGAAUUCGAGACAGUGUGGAUCUGCAGACACUGAUGAAUGAGAUGAACAAGUACCGGUCUUGGUGUAGCCUUUUGUUUGGUUAUGACUGGGUUGGAAUUCCACUGGUCUAUACUCAGGUUGUUACUCUUGCAGUCUAUACCUUUUUCUUUGCCUGCCUGAUAGGGCGUCAAUUUUUGGAUACUGACCAAGGGUAUCAGGGACAUGACUUAGAUAUUUACAUUCCAAUCUUCACACUGCUGCAGUUCUUCUUCUACGCAGGAUGGCUCAAGGUCGCUGAACAACUCAUUAAUCCGUUUGGAGAAGAUGAUGAUGAUUUUGAAACUAACUGGUGCAUCGACAGAAAUUUACAGGUUUCACUCCUGGCAGUGGAUGAGAUGCACAUGAACUUGCCAAAGAUGGAGAAAGAUAUUUACUGGAACGACACCUCUGCCCGGCCACCCUACACAAAAGCAGCUGCUGAUUACUGCAUUCCUUCAUUCCUUGGAUCGACUAUUGAAAUGGGGUGA